GCGGUCACGCAGCCGUGAAGGAUCGCGCGGAAUUAGUCUUGGCGCUCGAGCUUGUGCUGGAGCCCGAGAUCGGCACCCCUUUUAUCAUAGAUACUAUUUAGAGUCGGCUGUAUUCCCGCAGAUAUCCAACAUUACACUCAGCCUGUCAACAUUAAAUAUAUCCAAAGAAAAUGUCCAGACUAAAGGUCUCAGAGAGUCAGGGGAGCGAGGAGUCGGACACGGAGCUGCUGCUCGAGACGCUCUCUCCGGAUGAGGUGGAGGAGCUCGUGCGGGAGCUCGUUUACAUCGAACCAGACCCGAAUGUACCGGUGGGACUCAUUCAGCGGAACCAGACCGACAAACUGCCAUCCAGAGGAUAUGACAGAGACGCUAUGCUGGACUACUGUGAGCGGGAGACCAAGAAACUUAUCCGGAGAGAGCUGAGCGCAGAGGGAGGGGAUGGCAAAAGGAGAGAUCGACUCCGCAGGAUGAGGAGCAGAGAGUUUUCCAGGUCACCGAGUGACGAUCCUCUUGACACGGAGAGCAGAAAUACUGAGAGCGAAAAAGAUCAGGAUAGAGCAAGAGAAAUGGAGGAUGACUCUAAAAAUGUAUCUAAUGAAGACAAAAAAGGCAAAGAGAAGAGAGGGGAGGAGGAGAAGAGAGAAAAAGAGAGGAUAGGUAAUAAGACAGAAAGUGGAAAGGAGCUUUCUAGAAAAGAUAGAGGAAGCAGCAAAACUCUUGACCUCAUAUCUAAACUGCAAGAGAAAAAAGAUGAUACAAAAGAAAGAGGGAGAAAGGAGGGGAAAAAAAUCAGUGAAAACUCCAAAAUACGAGGGUUGGUCUCCAAACUACAAGAAACAGAAGAUCGAAAAGUAAAAGACAAUAGGGCAGAUGUCAAGAAACAAUAUGAAAGCAGAAAUAAAACCAUAGAAGAUCCAAAGAACAACAGAGCAGAAGGAAGAGUAAACAUUAAAGAUGGAGGAACAGAGGGAAAGAAAAGCAGAUCUGGAAAAAUAGAAGAAAUAAGCAGAAGAGAGAGGGUAGAGGAGGAUGAGAAACAUCACUCACAGAGAGAUACAACCAGAGCACAGAAAGAGAGUGAAAAAGAAGAAAACAACAAGGUGAAAAUAUCUACCAUUUCCAGCCAUAAAACCUCAUUGAACUCUUAUAGCACGGAUGACCGUUCUGUUACCACUGAGGAGGACGAGUCUUUUAGUGAAGAUGUUGACAGUGACACUGGCUCCAGCAUGUUUGAGGACCUUGUGGAGCAGGUUCUCAGCAAUGACCCUGAACUAACAGAGCUCAACGUCAAUAAUUCAGACGCCAUUAAGAGAGACACCCUGAUACAGUUUGCAGAGGGUCUUCGCAGCAACACUCACAUCAAAACCUUCUGCCUUGCAAACACAAGAGCGGAUGAUCAUGUUGCGUUUGCCAUCGCCGGAACCCUACGAGAUAACUCCACCCUGACCAGCAUCAACCUCGACUCGAAUCAUUUGACAGGCAAAGGCAUCCUGGCCAUCAUCAACUCUCUCCAGCACAACAGCACGCUUAUGGAGCUGAGGUUUCAUAACCAGAGACACAUCUGCGGAGGGAAGACGGAAAUGGAGAUGGCCAGAGUCUUACGGGACAACUCUUCACUGCUGAAGCUGGGGUAUCACUUUGAGCUGGCCGGGCCCAGGAUGACCAUGACCAACAUCUUGAGCCGAAACAUGGACAGGAAGAGGCAGCAGCGGCUAGAAGCGCAAAAACUCACCAGACAGGAGACUAUGUCCAGGCCAUGUGAUGUUAAGAGCUCACCUGAGAAGAAUAAGCUGACAAUAUCGUCCAUCAAGACUCGUAAGAACGACUCUAAAUUUGCUGCCCUCUCAAAAUUCACUUCUGAUCAGGAAACUCCAAAAGCUCCUCCCACUAAGUCACCGUCUAGACCCCUCCCAUCUGAGGUACCUGGGAAGAAAGAAGGGGCAACAGGAAGUCGUCAAGCUCCUCCUCCACCCCCUCCUGGCCCAGCGUUAGAUGUUCAGGCCCUGAGGAGGUCGCUGACCCCAAUCUCUCAGAAGAAACCAGACGGCAGUGCAGCUGUCCGACAGACGGACAGGAGCUCCAGAGAUCAGCUACUGGACUCUAUCAGAAACUGCAGUAUGAAUGCUCUCAAAAAGGUUGAGAUCCCCAAGCGGUUGAGAUAGCAUCUGUCCAGUGUAUGUGCUUCUACCUUCAGAUUCCCCAGCAGUCCUCCAGUGCCCCAUCGGACUCACUGAAUCCUCAAAAUGAGAUUCUUCCAUAACUGGCUUAGACGCUCCGAAAUACAGCCAGUUUGGAUUAUUUGAAAUCUGAACAUUUGAGGUGGGAGUGGGACACAGUGUGAUUUUUCGAGGACUGAUUGCUAAACAGUCAACAUUCAAGCUGUGAGGAGCAUCUGUUGGGGUUCAAGUUUCCUCAGAGAAAUUAUUUGUCAAAUUUAUCAGAUACAUUUUGACUAAUUGUUCUAAAUUUUUAACACUCUUUAACAUACUUUAUAAUAUUCUCAUAUUCUUUUGGAAUGUUUUGGAUAAACCUCGCUUCCGCAGAAGAUCGACAUCACUGCCUGUUCAGCUCCGCCCACUGAUUCACCCAGUCAGUCAUGGCCAAAAGUUUUGGCAGUGACAUACAUUUUGUGUUUUGCAAAGUUUGCAGCUUAAGCUGUUGUGGUCUUCAUUCACGUUGUUUCUAGAUUAUUGUGUAGAGUGAUCAGAUGCAUUUUAAAUAAUUGCUAAAAGCUUAAUUGGCCAAAAAAAAUUACUUUUCACAAAAAAACGAAUUCAAUUUUCUAAUGACAAGCUAACAUUAAUUGACUAAUAUCAGCAGCACCUGUGAAUGUGUGAAUGAGUACUAAUAAACAUGUGCAGCCAUCAUCGCUUCAAAUGCAUCAAAAUGGCCUCACAUGCAAGGGAAUUGUUAAAAGUAUAUUUCACAUGAAAGGACCAUUUACUGGAUCAUCAAGAACUUCAAGGAGAGAGAUUCGACUGCAGUGAAGAAGUCUUCAGGACAUCCCACAGUGUCCAGCAAGCACUAGGACGUCUCCUCCUGAGGAGGCAGCUACAGAAUCGUGUCUCCAGCAGUCCAGAGCUUGCUCAGGAAGACUGGGACUAAGUUAUUUUUUCUGAUUUAUGUGAUCACUAUUGCUUAGUCUGUUCUUACAGAUAACUUGAUAUUUAUUGUUAUUUAUGAAUUUUUGAUCUAAAUCACAACAGUGUACAUCUAUUAGGAAUGUGUCAAGCAUACAAUGUUAGCCGAUCAUAGCAGAGGGCCUGUACUUAAAUCUACAAUAUGCCAUGCCUAUUCAUACAGUGAGUUCUGAUGAGCGUGGUCAAAACAGGAAAGGAAAUAGCCUAUAUUGCUUCUUAAUAAUGAUAAAUUAUGUAAAAGUCUUAAUAACAUAAUAAGUGGACCUCAGAGAACAGCACAAGAUAAAAAACAAAGGCAGAUCAUAACCUGUUCAGUUCAUGAGUUCAUAUAAAGAAUCUCAAAAAAAUAAAAUAAUAAUAAUGUUAUGUUUUUGUUAAAUAGUAGGGCAUUCAAAAUAAUAUU